AUGACGCGCCCGGCUCGAGGCAGCAUCCCCAGCUUCCACGGUCCUCCACUCACCAUCGUCACACAACACCACGACGGCACCGACGAACACAGCACAUUGCUAUCUCGCGGCCUCAUCUUGCCCCCCAAGACCACCUCCCGAUCAUCAUCGUCAAGCCCGAAGAAGCAGUUCGCAUGCAUCGCCCACGACACCACUGUCCUCGCCGAACACACCGCCUCCGCCAGCUCCAACGCCUCCUCCCUCAUCUCCAUGAUCCUGCCCCUAAUCGCCAAAGAGAACCCGCCCGAGACCCGCCGCUCCUACGACAAAGACAACCACUCCGUCCACCUGCUCAUGCGCAAGCCCGCAAACGCCAAGUCCCCAGGCCGCCUCAUCUUCCUCGUCGUCGCAGAGAAAGCUGCGGGUAAAGGCGUCCCGUACGGCUUCUUGCAGACCCUGCAGGACAAGUUCUUCGCGCAGUUUGAUGUGGAUGACACGGCUUUUGGGGAUUUGCCAAGUUAUGGCUGCGCGAGCUUCAAUGCCGAGUUGAAGCGCGUCAUGAUGCAUCAGGGUGGCACGCUGGCUGGGCAGGAGGAUGCGUUGCGCACGGCGCAGCGCGAAAUCGAUGGCGUGAGGGAAAUCAUGACGGAGAACAUUGAGCGCGUGCUCGAGCGUGGGGAGCACAUGAGCGUGCUUGUCGACAAGACGGGCCGGUUGGGCGAGAACGCGAGAGACUUCCGCGUCCGGAGUCGCACGCUGCGGAGGAAGAUGUGGUGGAAGAAUGUCAAGUUGAUGGUAUUGUUAUUUGUGGUGUGCUUGUUCUUGAUCUACAUCUUCGUUGGGUUUGGGUGCGGGUUGCCUGCUUGGGGCCGCUGCCUGCGCCGCUAAGGUCGAUCUUUCACAUUCUUGAUCGGUUGAUUGGAAAACUACCACGUGAAUUGGAUAUGAAAAGGAUUUCCUAGAUUGAAUUGCACUGUACACAAUAGGCGCGGCGUUGGGCAUACUUGAUACCAUUCGUAGCUUCAAUGACAAGCUCUCAGUACUUUAU